UCUUUAUUAGUUAUAAUUUCCUUCCUUUCUCUCUUAAACCCUAGAGAGAGGGCCUCCUGCUUGCGGCGCCCUUCUUCUUUCUCAUUUGCUCUCAACAAGUGUAGAAAGAGUAUAAAGAUGGUGCAGUAUAAUUUUAAGAAGAUUACUGUGGUCCCUAAUGGGAAGGAUUUUGUUGAUAUCAUCCUUUCUCGGACCCAAAGGCAAACACCAACAGUGGUCCAUAAGGGUUAUGCUAUUUCUCGGCUUCGGCAGUUUUAUAUGCGGAAGGUGAAGUAUACUCAGCAGAAUUUUCAUGAGAAGCUUUCAACAAUCGUUGACGAGUUCCCUCGUCUUGAUGACAUCCAUCCGUUUUAUGGUGACCUUCUUCAUGUGCUGUACAAUAAGGAUCAUUACAAGCUGGCCCUUGGUCAGAUUAAUACUGCCAGGAAUCUUAUUAGCAAGAUUGCUAAGGAUUAUGUCAAGUUGUUAAAGUAUGGUGAUUCGUUGUAUCGAUGCAAGUCUCUGAAGGUUGCUGCUCUUGGGCGAAUGUGCACUGUUAUGAAGAGGAUUGGCCCAAGUUUAGCUUACUUGGAGCAAAUUAGACAGCAUAUGGCAAGGCUACCUUCAAUUGAUCCAAAUACCCGGACAAUCUUGAUUUGUGGGUAUCCUAAUGUUGGGAAGAGCUCUUUCAUCAACAAGAUCACCAGGGCAGAUGUGGAUGUGCAACCUUAUGCAUUCACUACCAAGUCAUUGUUUGUAGGCCACACAGAUUACAAGUAUCUGAGGUACCAAGUGAUUGAUACACCAGGGAUUUUGGAUCGGCCUUUUGAGGAUCGUAACAUUAUUGAGAUGUGCAGCAUCACGGCUCUGGCACAUCUUCGAGCGGCUGUGUUAUUCUUCUUGGACGUCUCUGGGUCAUGUGGAUAUAGCAUUUCUCAACAGGCUGCUUUAUUUCAUAGCAUUAAGUCUUUGUUUAUGAAUAAACCAUUGACCAUUGUGUGCAACAAGACCGAUUUGCAACCACUUGAAGGGAUUUCUGAGGAAGACAUGAAGUUGGUCAUGGAGAUGAAAUCAGAAGCUAUGAAGACACUGGUUGCUCAAGGAGGUGAAGCUACCAAUGAUGAUGAUGUGCUUUUGACUAUGAGUACCUUGACCGAGGAGGGGGUGAUUGCUGUGAAGAAUGCUGCUUGCGAGAGAUUGCUGAAUCAGCGAGUGGAAAUGAAGAUGAAAUCCAAAAAAAUUAAUGACUGCUUAAAUCGGUUCCAUGUAGCAAUGCCAAAGCCACGUGAUCAAAAGGAAAGGCCACCUUGUAUACCUCAAGCAGUUUUGGAAGCUAAAGCUAAGGAGGCAGCAGAGAAGGAGAAAAGAAAAACAGAGAAGGAUUUGGAAGAUGAAAAUGGUGGUGCUGGUGUAUACUCUGCCAGUUUGAAGAAGAAUUACAUCUUAGCCAAUGAUGAAUGGAAAGAAGAUGUACUCCCGGAGAUUCUUGAUGGCCACAAUGUGUAUGACUUCAUUGAUCCUGAUAUUUUGCAAAGGCUCGAGGAGUUGGAACAAGAAGAAGGUAUCCGACAGGCAGAAGAAGGAGAUGAAGAUUUUGAGAUGGAUGGUGAAGAAUUAACUCCUGAAGAGAAAGAAGCCUUGGCUGAGAUCAGGAAAAAGAAAAGCUUGCUCAUUCAAGAGCAUAGAAUGAAGAAAAGCACUGCAGAGAGCCGGCCUACUGUACCUAGAAAAUUUGACAAGGACAGAAAGUUCACAACAGAAAGAAUGGGCAGGCAGCUGUCAGCUAUGGGAGUGGAUCCUUCUAAAGCAAUUAAUCGUCUUCGUGAGAGGUCACUCUCUAGGAGGGGCCGCAAAAGAGAGAGGUCAACUGACAGGGGACACGAUGAUGGUGAUGCUAUGGAUAUGGAUGUGGACCAGCCAAAUAAGAAGCUGCGUUUGAGAUCCACAUCUCGGUCUAGGUCAAGGUCACGGCCUCCAAAUGAGGUUGUUCCAGGAGAGGGCUUCAAGGACUCGGUUCAAAAAAGCAAGGCUCUUAAACUUUUCAAGAAAUCUGCUAAAAAGAGGAACAAGGAUGCUAGACGUGGAGAAGCAGAUAGAGUGAUUCCUACACUCAAACCAAAGCACUUGUUCUCUGGGAAACGUUCCAUUGGAAAAACACAGAGGCGUUAAAUAUUUAAGGGAUUGUUGGUAUAAACUGCAACAGAUUAUACUGAAUCAUGGGAUGCACAUCCAUGCUUGCUGUUUAGGCAAUUUUGAGAGAGAUUUAGUUACAUGUUUGAUGCUAGGUUCUGCACCUUCCUGGAUAAUGUAUUUUUGUUGAUUGCUUUUCUAAAUUUUGCAUAUUUGAAAUUUAUUUGGGUGAAUCUAAGUUUGGCUGCAUGUUCUUUCCAUAAAAUAUUUGUGCUCAUGAAUUUUUGGUAUCUCAUGUUUUCAAUUGAUAAUCCCUUUGUUCUACUUGUU